AAAAAAAAAUAUCUCUCUACAAAAAUAUAUUUAUAAAACCUCCGCACACUCUCUUCUCUUCUCUCUCGCGCGGUGGAAUGCGAAGGUGACGGCGAGGGCCCUGCAGCUGGACGAAAAGCUCUGAUGUUCCUGCUGGUGGAUCUCAAUUACGGUCCCGAUUGCCAUGGCCCUCGACCUCCGAGAAAAUAUGCAAAUGAACUUUGAGGCAUCGUUCAACUGCCUCAAAGGAAAUGGAUUCCCUGCUAAUUAUCAAUAUUAUGGGAAUUCCAUUGAAGGAAUGCCUGGGCUUAAAGAUGGAACUGGGAACUGGUCAGAUGGCAAUGCCACAGAGUCGGGUUCUCCACUUAUUGGAAAGCCAUUUGAGACCUUACCUGAAUUUCAUGGGAAACCACUGCACCAGCACGACUACUCUGCUUUCUAUCCAAGCUAUCAUAAGGUGGAACAGGCACAUGCAAAUUCUUUUGGGACCCAAUCUUAUCCCUUUCAUACGGAGACUGGCUUUCAGUACAUCCCAUAUAUUAUGUAUGCUAAAGGUUACCCUUCCAAUUACCAUUUCCAAGACUUUCAGUACUUUGUUGUCAUUGACUUUGAGGCAACCUGUGACAAGGGAAAGAAUCCCCAUCCACAAGAGAUUAUAGAGUUCCCCUCUGUCAUAGUGAGUAGCAUGACUGGCCAAUUGGAAGCAUGCUUCCAGACAUAUGUCCGUCCAACCUGCAAUCAGGUCCUCAGCGACUUUUGCAAGGAUUUGACUGGGAUCCAGCAGAUUCAGGUGGAUCGUGGUGUUACUUUGAGUGAGGCUCUUCUUCGACACGAUAAGUGGCUUGAAAAGAAGGGCAUAAAGAGCACAAAGUUUGUUGUGGUCACUUGGUCGAACUGGGACUGCCGUGUGAUGUUGGAAUCCGAAUGUCGUUACAAGAAGAUCCGAAAGCCUCCCUACUUUAACCAAUGGAUAAAUUUGAAAGUUCCCUUUCAUGAAGUUUUCGGGGGCGUGAGAUGCAACUUGAAGGAGGCUGUUGAGAUGGCUGGCUUGACAUGGCAGGGCCGGGCUCACUGUGGUCUGGAUGAUGCAAAGAACACAGCCCGACUACUUUCCGUUCUCAUGCACAAGGGGAUCAGAUUCUCCAUCACAAACUCGAUCAUGUGGCGCGAAACUGAACAUCUCCCUUCAUGGAAGUACUCCCUGUCCCUCAAGCAAACCUUGCACUCCUCGCAUCAGGUGUUGAGCUACAGGGAUCCACAGUAUCACCCUUGCUGUUUCUGCGGGGUUAGGAGCAGCCGAGGCUUGAUUAGGAAACCUGGGCUUAAGGAAGGGAGCUUCUUUUUCGGGUGCGGGAAAUGGACUGCCGCUCGGGGUGCCUGCUGCCAUUACUUUCAGUGGGCUUCCUGAACUAAAAGCCUGAAAAGUUUAAAAGGGGCUGUGGCCAUUAUCUGAAAGAAAGUCAAGUCAAUUGACGCCGAGGGUUCGAUGUGAUCCUGAUACCUGAUAUGGGGAGGAUCACAAUCUGUGAAAAAGUUGACAUCUGCUAUGAGUUCAUAUCUAAUGUGACUUUGAAAGCUGCCUUAGUUAGGAUGACAAAUUCUUACAUGCUAAAUUAUUAUCUCAUCUCAUAAAUAAAUAUCCGAGAUAGCAGCUCCUUACCCUA